UACCGUAAUCUGUCCGAAUCUCUGGAAACAUUUGAGUGGUUUUCAACGUAUGGUGAAUGGGAUACUAACUUUUCCACCUGGAGUCGACUUUUGGCCAAAUACAUGGGGGCUUUUAUCAUGUACCUCAUUGCCAAACGUUUGAAAAAGAGGCAUAAUAUUGAUGAUGAGAGAAAAGCUUUGAAGGAUGCUUUCAAGGAAUGGAUUGAUGCAAUCGGACCGAAUAGAACUUUUAUGGGCGGUUCUAAACCCAAUCUAGCUGAUCUUGCAAUGUAUGGCGCUAUGACAGCGUUUUAUGGUUGUGGAGCAUUCGUUGAAGCUGUGGAAUCUAGCCCGAUCAAACAUUGGUAUAACGCUGUGCGUUCGGCUGUACAGAAUCAUGAAGGUCGUGAAGUAGUCGCCAGGAGGACUGCACUUACGGCAAUUCAGUCGAAAUAG